GUCCUUCCCCAAUUGGGACUCAGACCUAGAGCAGCACACACAGAAACACAACCACCCACUGUAUUCAGAUUAGACUGAGAGAAGACAAAUAACAUCUACAUCACACAGAAAGGAAGGAAGACAAAGGUCUUUCCAGUUUCACUCAGACCCACAGACAAACCAACGCCAACCGGAUCUAAGAUGGUGUCGGCUGGGCUACAAAUGCUGGGCACUGCCCUUGGGAUCAUAGGCUGGAUUGGGACCAUCAUUGUUUGUGCCAUGCCCAUGUGGAGGGUCACCGCCUUCAUCGGCAGUAACAUAGUCACCUCGCAGACCUCCUGGGAGGGUAUCUGGAUGAGCUGCGUGGUCCAGAGCACGGGCCAGAUGCAGUGUAAGGUCUACGACUCCAUGCUGGCCUUGAGCUCUGACCUACAGGCCGCCAGAGCUCUGACCAUCAUUGCCAUCCUCGCCGGCAUUAUUGCCAUUCUGCUGGCCGUAGCCGGGGGCAAGUGCACUAACUGUGUGGAUAACGAGGCGUCAAAGGCUAAAGUGGGUGUGGCAUCCGGGGUGGUGUUCAUCAUUGCCGGAGUUCUUUGCCUGAUCCCUGUCUGCUGGACGGCAAACAGCAUCAUCCAGGACUUCUACAACCCGCUCCUGGUAAGCGCUCAGAAGAGGGAAGCGAAAGCAAUGGCCUCCGCUGGUCUCCAGAUUCUGGGCAUCGUCCUGGCUCUUAUCGGUUGGCUAGGGGACAUUGUCAUCUGUGUGCUCCCCAUGUGGAAGGUGACUGCUUUCAUAGGCAACAACAUUGUGACAGCGCAGAUGUUCUGGGAAGGCCUGUGGAUGAACUGCGUGACGCAGAGCACGGGCCAGAUGCAGUGUAAAGUCUACGAUUCCAUGCUAGCGCUCCCUCAGGACCUCCAGGCCGCCAGAUCUCUGGUGAUCAUCUCCAUCCUCGUGGCCCUGAUCGGCAUCCUGCUCUCCGUGGCAGGCGGGAAGUGCACCAACUGCAUCGAGGACGAGGAGGCCAAGUCCAAGGUGGCCAUUGCAUCCGGCGUGUUUUUCCUGGUCUCUGGCGUCCUCUGCCUGAUCCCAGUGUCCUGGUCAUCCAACACCAUUAUCAGGGACUUCUACAACCCGCUGCUCAACGACCUGCAGAGGAGAGAGCUGGGAGCUUCACUGUUCAUCGGAUGGGGCUCUGCUGGCCUAAUGCUCAUCGGAGGCGCACUUCUCUGCUGCCAGUUUCCCCAGCGUGAGGAGAGUGUGUACUCUGCCAAAUAUUCUGCCCCUCGCUUCACUGCCAGUGGAAGGGCCCAUGUCUGACAGAUUAACACUUACAUUGAACCGUGUUUUAAUAUGGACAUUUCAUGCUUGUGUAGUCUGAACAUGGGUAAUUCUGUUUCUCAAUACAUGACAAGGAUGAUUUGAUAUUUUAGCUUAACAGCUUCAUUGCUUUAAUAAAUUAUAUUUUAAUGCUUA